UGCCCAAAACAGUGGCUGCAUGUAGCCGAAGCCUUAAACAUGUCUACAGAGCUGUUACUACUGAUCGCCACAUUGGCGAUCGUUUUCUAUAUAUGGCAGCGACGCGCCUACAGCUACUGGCUGCGAUCGGGCGUAAAGCAAAUCGAACCGUCGCCAAUAUUUGGAAAUGCCCGCAGUAUACUUACCGGCCGAGUAGCGUUCUUUGAGCAGAUUCGUAUGCUGCACACGGCGAAAGGUUUUGAAAAUGAGCCGUUUGUCGGGGUGUAUCUACUGCAUCGUCCAGCUUUAAUCAUUAGAGAUCUGGAUCUGAUUAAAACGGUGAUGAUCAAGAAAUUUAGCUACUUUGCAAAUCGUGCGCUACAAACCGAUCCGCAUCGCGAUCCGCUGGGCAACAACAAUCUGUUCUUUGUACGCAAUCCUGACUGGAAGGAGUUGCGCAAUAAAAUCUCGCCCGUGUUCACCAGCGGCAAGAUCAAGCAAAUGUAUCCAUUGAUGUUGGAGAUCGGCAAGAAUCUUGAAGCGAAUCUGGCAGAACUACCCGCUGAUUCUCUGAUAAGUAUUAAAAGUAUUUGCGCGCGUUUCACCACGGAUCUUAUAGCGACCACCGCAUUUGGACUGAAGGCCAAUGCACUGGGCGAUAUAAAGAGCGAAUUUUAUAAAUACAACAAGUCCAUUUUCGACAUAAACUUUAGGCGCGGCAUCGACUUUACCAUUAUCUUUAUGCUGCCCAUGUUGGCAUCGUUGGCCCGCGUUACGGUCUUCUCCAAGCAAGCCUCCAAUUUCAUGCGCCGCAGCAUCAGCUAUGUUCUGGCAGAACGCGAGAAAUCGGGUGUGCGACGCAACGAUCUGAUUGACAUAUUGCUGACGAUGAAGCGAGAGGCUGCUGCCCAGCCCGAUAAGAAAGAUAAUAGAGCCAAGGAACUGGACUAUCUUGUGGCACAGGCAGCAAUCUUUCAGACCGCGGGCUACGAGACCAGCGCCUCGACCAUGACCAUGACGCUGUUCGAGUUCGCCCAUCAUCCUGAGAUACAGGAGCGUUUGCGUCGGGAAAUAAAUGAUUACUUUGGUUCAGAGGAUCACAUUGAUUACGAUCGCAUUCAGGAGAUGCCCUAUCUGACUCAGGUGGUGAAUGAAACGCUACGCAAGUAUCCCAUUGUUGGUUAUGCCGAACGUGAAUGCACACAGCCCGCGACUGGGGAACGCUUUACUCUGGCACCCUACUCCGAUCUGGAACUGCCCAGUGGCCUACCGAUCUAUAUUUCCAGCAUAGGCAUACAUCGUGAUGAGCAGUACUGGCCGGAACCGGAAAAAUAUAAUCCGGACCGUUUUGCGCCCGAGAACCGUGAUUCUCUAAACAUGGAUGCGUAUAUGCCCUUUGGCAUUGGGCCACGCAAUUGCAUUGGGAUGCGUCUUGGUCUAUUGCAGGCCAAAUUGGGUCUGGUUCAUUUACUGCGCAAUUAUCGGGUGGUCAAGUGCGACAAAACCCCCAAGACUAUUCGAUUUGCCAAUUUUAGUGCUGUGAUCACACCAAAGGAUGAAAUCUUUCUAAAACUACAGCGUGCUUAGACUGGAAGAGACUACAGUUGAAGUCCACAACGAGCCUCAGUUCAAGCCAAAUAAAAGUGUAAAUAUUGCUUAGAAUUUGCAAAACCCUCCACCAAAUAUGAGCAUAAACUUAACAAUAAAAUUGUUAAAAAUAUCAACUUGA